AAUCGCACUCAUUCCGAUUUGUUUAGUGAUGAGGAUGAAACUCUUUGUAAGAAGGAAUGUCGAAUUGUACAGUGCAGCAUUGGAUGUACACUUUGGGAGAGUGCUUUGGACGCAUCAUGCCAGAAAGUUUGUAAUAAAACAGAAAUAAACGAUUUUGAUAAUCGGCAAAUAUUUUGUGUGAAAGGCUGCAAUGAUGCUUCAAACUUUUAUUUUCAAUGGAUAAAACAAGAAGUGUCAUCACCAGCAGCUCCUGCUUUAGUUCCCGAUUCACUUACAUCGACGACACUUUCACUGGAAUGGUUUGUGCCGUCAAAAUUUCUUGAACUUGCUAAAGGAAAUUUAUUUAAAAAGACAAAGAACGAAACUUACUUUGUGCAAUGUUAUGAAGAUGCUGAAGAUGAUUGGAAAAUAUGUGGAAAUCAAACAAUUUACGAGAAUUCAACGAUUCAUAUGGAACGUUUACAGCCUUACACAAAGUACAAAUUUCGUGUAGCUUUAUUGUUGUCUGAGAACGAAGCAAUUUAUUCGGAAGCAAGUGUUGUAAUCAGCACAAGUGAAGAAGGAGUUCCAGAAUCAUCACCGGUGGUUGAACAAAUUGGAGCAGUUGAUCAGACACGCAUCAUGGUGUCAUGGAAAUCUGGUUUGAAGAACAAUGGACCGAUUCUCUCUUACAAUCUUCAGAUUCGUGAUUUAACUCAAUCGGGUUAUAAUGCUGUGAAGGAAGUUCCGGCGUCGAAUCAAACGAAUUAUUACAUUUUCGAGAAGCUUUCACCAAGUCGGAAUUAUUCGAUUCAAAUAAGAACGCGUAAUGCGAGAGGUGUCGGUCCACAUAUUGAAGUGAAUGCAUCAACUGCGCCUUAUUUAAAAAACGACCCUAACAACUUCCUCGAUCCGAAAAUCAUUUUGGCUUCUGAGAAUACAAUUUUAUCACAAGGUCCCGAUUUUCUGCUGGCACAGCCGAUCACAUUCUACAUGACAUCAUCGAAAAUUACUGGCAUCGCUCUUGAUGUUCGCAAGAAGUUAAUAUUCAUAGCUGAAGAUGACGGUUGCAUAUAUCAAUCUUCAUUAGACUUAACUGACAGAAGCGAUAAGGUUGAAGUGAUUUGCCAGAAGAAUGGUCUCAACUUUAAACCGCUGUUGCUGUCAGUCGACUGGUUAAACGAUCAUCUUUACAUCAUGGGUGAAAGUGCACAUCACGAGAGUUGGACAAUCUCUCGAUGCGAUUUUGAUGGGAAGAAGUUGAUUGUAGCUGUUGGUGGGUUGAAUGGCAAACCAAUUCACAUCGAAGUCGAUCCAUACAAUGGUUAUUUGUUCUGGGUGAUUCCUGAUGGAACUGUUGACAGCGGACUUUAUCGACUUGAUCUUGGCGAGAUAUCAAAUGGAAUAAAACAUGAAACGAAACCUUUUCAAAUGAUUAAAGGAAGAAAUCUCGGCGCUUUCAUCGUUCAUCACACAAGAUUUCGAUUACUUGUACCGAUGCAAGAUGAAAACACGAUUAUGUCAGUGUCAUUGAAUGGAAAUGAUCAGGAAGAUAUUAGAAAGAAUACUCAAAGUCCUUUACUUCAUUCAGUGAAGUCACUUGCAAUGGCGAAUAAUUUGUUCUUUUGGACCAAUGGAAAGGAAAUUUUAACUGAAGAAUAUCAUCAGAAGCAUCACGCUUACUAUCAUAACUCAUAUCCUGAUGCAUCAAACACUUCCUUAGUUGCAGUUUGUGUCAAUUCAUCGUCAUCCCAACCUAUUCCAGUUCCUGUCAACCCACCGCAUAAUUGUCAAGCUUUACUUGGAUCAACAAAAGCAAAAGUUUCAUGGCAAAUUCCGCAAUUGGUUGGCGAUCAAGGCAAAGGUGCAUUUAAGAAUUGGUUUUAUCGACUCGAAGUUACUGGAAAUGAUACUCAAACAUUUGAAAACAUCACUGGAAAUUCUUAUGUUGUUCAGAAUUUAACACCAAACACUUUGUACACAUUUAAAGUCGCGGCUUACACAUCUGGCGGAUCUGGUCAAUGGUCGCAAGAAUUUAAAUCGAAAACAUUGAAAACAUCUGAUGAAAGAUAUUUAAUUUGGGCUUCAAAUGAUGGACUUUUACAGUCAGAUGUGACUGGUGAAAAUAUCAUCACGUUGCUUCCUAAAGAUGAACUUGGAGAUCUGCUUGUGACUGACAUAACGUGGUUUGAGAACAUUCUUUACAUCGUCACAAACACAACAUUAAAGAUUUACAAUCGAACAAAUGGCGAUCUUUAUAAACUUGGGGAGUUGGAUUCUGUUGGUGGUGUUGCUGUUGAUUGGAUUGGUCGAAGACUUUACUGGUCUAAUCCAACACAACAACUAAUUAAUCGUGGAAGAUUGGAUGGGGAACAACAAGAACCACUUUCAAUUGUUGCUUCCGCUCGUGAGAUAAAAAUUGAUGCUUUGCGUGGUAAUAUUUAUUAUUCAACUGGCUUGACUGUUGAGAGUUGUCGACUUAACGGGAAAAUUCCCAAGAAAUAUUUUACUGUGCCACCGUACAGUGGGAAGCAAGUUAUGGGCUUGACUUUGGAUCUUGAUGAUCAAAAGAUUUAUUGGAUUGUAAGAAGCUAUCAAGGAUCAAGUCUUUAUUCAGCAAAGCUUUUAGACAUGUGGAUUAAUGAAAGUGAACCGGAAAUCGUUGAAACGAAACUUGAUGAGAGAAGCUUAAAUGGGCCGUUGACACAUUUCAGUGAUCGUCUUGUAUGGCGACAAGAUGACAAGACAAUUGUUUUUGGUGACAUGGAUGGAAGGAAUUUAGCUUAUUUUAAGAAUGACAAGCUUACGGGAUUAACAUGCAUCAUGGUCAUUGAUAAAACUCAUCACACAUAUCCAGAAAUUAGUGGAAAUAUUAACGUCAUUCCCGAAGCAAUUCCAAACUCAUCAAUUAAAAUUAUCGGAACUUAUAAAUUCUUCAACAUCACGUGGAAUCGAAUAAUGAAUGUAAACUUUGGUAAUGUUUAUUACGAGAUUAAAAUUAAAUCGUCAAAGAUUGCUGAUAUCAACGCUGAACAGACGGAGAAUGUUUUUCAAUUUCCAGCGAAUACUCUUGAACCUUACACGUCGCUUGAUAUUUUUAUUCGUGCUUUUACAUUUUGGGGAUCAUCGCCGAUAUCGAAAGUGACGCUUCAUUCGCCACCAGGUCCACCAUCAGAGCCGACAAAUCCGAGAGUGUACACGAAACAUUUGAGUUAUCCUUUGAAAGAUCGAAUCAGCAUCAGCGCAAUUUUCCGAUGGUCAUUACCAGCUCAACCGAAUGGGAAGAUUCUCGGCUACAAAGUUCGAUGUUAUGAGUUUCGAAGCGAUGGCGAACGACUUUUACGCGAGAACAAAACUGUGAUUCAUAUGGAACAAGUCUUUGAAAAUCUUAGAAUUGAUGAUCGUUACACUUUUGAAGUUCUUGCUUACACUUCAGUUGGUGAGGGAAACAUCUCGGAACCAGUUUAUGUAGAGACAACACAUGAACGUCCAAUACCGAAAGUUCUUGUUUCAACACAGGAAGAAAUUCUUGAAGUUGAUUUAGAUCGUCAACAAUCGCAGAUGCUUCAAAGUACAAGAAAUCCCGUCGUCGCCCUUACUCACAUUGCACAUGAACAAAAGCUUUUUUGGUUCGAUGAAAAUAAUGAUCUCGUUUCUUAUCACAUUGAGAGUCGAAUGAAAACAAAGCUGAUAACAACAACGUCGGCUGUGAAGUGUAUGACGAUUGAUUGGAUUGAAAGAAUUGUUUACUGGUCACAGAUUGACGACAACAAAGGCGUGAUUUAUUCUUUGAAUUUGAAUCGUGCUGAAAACAUGAACGCAAAAGCUGUUCAUUUAACACAAAAAGUUCUCGAGAGACAAAAUGUCAUUUCAGAUUUAGUGAUUUCGCCUUUUGAUCGGAAACUUUUCUGGAUUGAGAAUCAUAAGAAUCUUUCGGAAGAGUCGGGAAUUUAUUAUUACAAUCUUGAUAAACGACAAACAAAAAUGCUGUUUCAAGAAGCUGAAGAAUGUAUGAACAAAACUAGCACAACAAUCUCGCCAAUUCCUGAAACUCUUCUCUUUGCAACAUCGCCGAUUAAUCCAUCGAAUGGUGACAGUGUUAAACAUCAAUCAAUCUUGAUUUUCGAGAUGAGAAAUCAAUUUAGUCAACAAUUUGUGGCGACUGAUUUAGAGACGAAGGAAUGUUUUGAUUUUGGUACAAUUGUGCCAGCUGAAGGAACAAAUUUAGCUAAAGAUAGCAACAAAGUUUACUGGAUUCAUGGCGGAAUGGUUUAUGCCAGAGAAGAUGCGACAAGUAAAGUUAUUUCACUUCCAGUCACUCAGAAGACCAACAAACUUCUUGCAUUCUAUCAACAAAGAUAUCCAAAGAAGCAUUGCUUGAUACCAAGACGAUCAAACUACGUAAUUAAAGUCGUUGAAUCCACUGACAUUUCACUUGUGCUUGAAUUACCAAAGCCGACACUUCUUUCUGAUUGCACAUUGAAAAGAAUUCCAAUUAAAUAUACAAUUCAAUAUACUGACGUUAAACGUCUUGGAUCUGAUCGAAUUAAUUGCACAAGUAAUGAAGAUUGUCACUCAAUUAAUACAUUUAAACAAUUUGAAACAAUUCAGAAUCUUAAGCCAUUCACCAAUUACUUUAUUCAAGUUGCAAUGUCGAGUGUCUUUGACAAGUCGAAUGAUGUUCGAUUUAUUGCUAGUGACAAUUUUAUGACUGAACCUGGUCGUCCAUCACCGCCAAGGAAUCUUUCAGCACUUCCAUUGAGCUUCAAUGAGAUUCUCGUGAGCUGGCUGGCACCAGAAACUUUCAAUAGUCCCGAGAUUACAUACGAGAUUCAUUGGCAACAAGAGAAUAUGGUUGAACACAUUAGAAAUAAACAACAACGAACACUGCCGCCACUUCAAGAUAAAAACAAAAGUCGAUUGACAGACGAAUUGAUAAGCACGAUCAUUAAAGUUCUUCCUAAUCAAUCGUAUUCGAUACUCGUUCGUGCUUAUUCAAAGAACCAGACGUACAGUGAGAGUGAAAGUAUCAUCGUUGUUUCAUAUCCCGAACCGAAAAUCGUUCAAAUGAAUUCAACAACACCAACAAGCAUGAUUAUCGCUUGGAAUCCACCGGAAAAUGUUUCAUCAUUUGCCAUACAAUACACGAAGCAAGACUCAAAUGAAAUGUUUAAUGUCACAAACUUUCUCGAUAACAAAUUCAAUAACAAAUUUUAUCUGGUCGACAAUCUCGAACCAAAGACAAAAUACAUUUUUUCACUUUCAUUAACUUACAUUAACACCAACCGGUCGUAUCGAUGGGCACCGACAGAGAAAAUAGAAUUUGAAACGCUUGGUGAUGUGCCGAGUUCACCGGGAAAGCCAAUUAUAGAACACGUGACGGAAACAGUUUAUAAAGUGACUUGGAAUGCAUCGAAAGACAAUGGAGCGAUGAUUAUUGAGUAUGUGUUGGAGUCGAAAAGAAUCUUCAACUUUGCAGAGUUUGAGAAAGAGAAAGAAAUGCGAUAUAAGCGGUCAUUUAGUGAUACAAAUGAUGUCGGACAAGAUCAUAAUGAGGUUGAGAUUGAUGAGGGUCAAACAGAAAUUCCAAAUGAAGUUGAAGAGAAACCGGAAGAGAAGUGGACAGAACAAUAUCGCGGAGUUGAAUCGCAUUGGAUUGUCACUGACUUGAAUCCAAUCGACCAGUACAUUUUCCGCGUGAGAGCUUCCAACAGUUACGGUGAUGGACCUUACAGUGUAAUUAGUGACUUCCUGAAUGCAACAAAUUUUAAGAACUCAGAUUUGACGAGUGCUGUGAAUUAUGAAAAAUCGAACGUUUGGCUUCUGAUGAUUUCCCUGCCAAUCUCAAUUAUCUUACUCGGCUUGUUUCUUGUUUGUUCUAUCUUAAUCAUUUAUCGAAAUCGACGGAAUAAAAAAUUCCACGACGACAUCGCACCAAUUCCUGACUUUGAGCUUGCAACAUUACGCGACUUGCAUUCAGGUGAACAUUUGAUUUUGAGCAACCGAAACAUUCUCUACAAUCCGUUCAAUGGAUCAUCAUUUAUCAACACAGAAAUCAAACAUUUGCCGAACAUUCAUUUGAGUCAAAUUAUCAUCACUGAUCGAUGUUUGGGGAAAGGCGCGUUUGGUGAAGUUUGCGUGUUGAUGUGGGAAGUGAUAACACUUGGCCAACAACCAUAUCAAGGACAAACAAAUGUUGAAGUUCUUCAGCAUGUUAGAGCUGGUGGACGUUUGCCUCGACCUCAUCAGAAUUGUACAGAUGAACUUUAUCAACUGAUGUCGAAAUGUUGGAAUCGUGUCGAUCAAAGGCCAACAUUCAGAUACUGUCUUGAAGUUCUCCAGCAAUUGUAUGAAAGAAAAAAUCUCUACGCUUCAAUCGAAGCUCAAUUUCCUCAUGAUGUUCCUUACAAAUAUGUUUCCAGUGACGAUUCAUCGAUUCUUAAUGAGAAGAUGAAUGGAAAUUUAAAUGAAACUUCAAUGGAACCAUCAAACAUAAGUCAGGGAACGCCAUCGAUACCAAAGUAUAUUGAAUUGACAUACGAUGAGAAUCACAGUCGAAGCAUUGAAAAUAUGUGCGAAGCACCAUUAAAUUAUUGUGAAAAACAUCAGAAAGAUGAUGACAUUAAUAUUUCUCAUAGAAAUAGUCAGAAAUUAUUAAAUAAUCAAGAUUUUGGCUAUGAAACUCCAAUCACGUUGGAUCCAACAUUAGACAUAAAUGCCAAUAACGAGCUAAACAAUAGUCUUUCUAAGUCAAGAACCUUAUCAAACUCAUCAACACUGAGCAAUAAAAGUGAACACUUUCCAAUUCUUCCUGAAACAUUUCCCGAGACAUGCAAGAGAACAUCGCUGAUAUUAGAUAAAGAUCCGAGAAUUUAUCCAGCAAAAAAGAUCAUCACACGUCCUUCGGGAUGGGUUUGAAGCUUUAAUUUCUGAACUGACUGAAUAUUUGCUGUCUCAUUGACGCUCUCAGCUUGAUUAAAAGACAAUUAAUAAAAAAAAAGUACAAAGAAGAAUUGAAAUGGAAGGUUUAACUUGAAAUCUCGUCUGUCUCAGUAAAGGUUGUAAAUAAAUGAAUAUAAAUAAAUAAAUUUAAAAAGGUCGCACAAUUUUCUCUUUUUUCUUUUCUACGUAAAACUUCUACGUGGCAAUAAAAUUUUCAAAAUUUUCAUGUUUUUCCUG